AUUUUAAGUCGUUCACCGAUGGCAGGCGAGAGUGACAACAGCGCUUGUCUUUGUUGGUUUAAAAACAAAAUCAGCUUUGAAACCGGCUCCCAGACGGUGACUUAAUUCUAUCGGGAGUUGCGGUUUUCGCCUCUCCCACGCGCACGAUCUUUUUCUGAUCCUCGAAGUGCGUCAUCUGGGUAUUUCCGCACUGUUUUGAGUGGGCGGUAACGAGACGUGCCAUUUUUUUUUUUCCUCUUUUCAUCAAGCUCGACGACAUUUCGACCGGAGAAUGAAGUCUCUGGUUUUAUAAAUUAAAAGCUUGGACUUCCCGGUUUAUGAGUCCCGGUUUCCUGCUGGAAGAUUUGAACCGCACAAGCAGCGCAACAACACGUUUGGCGUUUUUCAAAAGAUUGUCGGCGUGUUUUACAACGCAAACGGCAAACUCGCGUGAAGAGAGUUGUUUGGAAUGAGCGCACAACAGCAGCACGUCGCCCGUCACAACCUCGUUAAAAGGUCAAAUGAAGUCGAGGGGCCGACAUAUUUUGGACGGACGGGAAAAUAAAUCCCCCGACUUUCAGCGCCACAUUUUUGCAGGACUGCGACCAAAAGGGCAGAUGCAAAUGAACAAUUUAGUGCUUUCCUCAAGGGAAAAUGUGAUUUCCUGGAGUUGUCACCUUGAGAGAACAAGGGUGGAUUGAAAGAGCUCAGGUUGAAAACGGCGAGUUGUCCUCAACCAAAUGGAGCAUUCCGAAAUGAUGAGAUUGAAUUCAAUCUUUUUGGAUUGAUUCUCAUAUUUUACCCGAAAGCUGGAUGAGCCUUGCAUUAAAAAUAAAAAGAGGGAUUUCCAAUGUAAUUGUUUUUAAGAGUGUAAAAUCGAUAAAUCAAUCGCACGUCCGUGAUUGUUCCGCACAAUCGUGUACCCGCCUUACCGGAAAAUGCGUGCGUGUGCUGUCACACGCUGGCUUGACGCAGUGGGUCGGCGCAGAGGCCGUGUCUAUCUGUCCUCGGCGGGGGGGGGGAGAAGGAGGCGACACCAGCGAACAGCCCGCAAGUCGAGACGGUUUCUUCGCCGAGAUUCCGCACGGUUUGGCGUUUGCACCCUUGACUAAAGGAGCCGUGAGAUUCCAGAGGGUCUCGUGGGAGCCAUGGCCAUUCCAGGUGUUUACAGAUGGCCAAUGAACACUCUCAACCCAGUCCAAACCGCGAGCCCCUUCCUCGAGAUCAUCGAGCAGCCCAAGCAGCGCGGGAUGCGCUUUCGGUACAAGUGCGAGGGCCGUUCCGCCGGCAGCAUACCCGGGGAGAAAAGCAACGACACCACCAAGACCCACCCUGCCAUUAAAGUGCACAACUACAGCGGCCCCUUGCGCGUUCGCAUCUCCCUGGUGACCAAGAACACGCCGUACAAGCCGCAUCCGCACGAGCUGGUCGGAAAGGACUGCAAGCACGGCUACUACGAGGCCGACCUGCAGGAGAGGCGCGUGCACAGUUUUCAGAACUUGGGCAUUCAGUGCGUGAAGAAGAAGGACGUGAAUGAGGCCAUCACGUGUCGGCUGCAGACCGACAACAACCCGUUCAACAUUCCCGAGCCCAAGGUGUGGGAGGAGGAAUUUGACCUGAAUUCGGUCCGGCUCUGCUUCCAGGCCUCCAUCACGCUGCCGACAGGGGAGCUCUUCCCCCUUGAGCCGGUGGUCUCGCAGCCCAUCUUUGACAACAGGGCCCCCAACACAGCAGAGCUGAAGAUCUGCAGAGUGAACCGCAACUCGGGCAGCUGUAAAGGCGGCGAUGAAAUCUUCCUGCUGUGCGACAAAGUGCAAAAAGAGGACAUUGAGGUCCGCUUCUUCCAGGACUCCUGGGAGGGCAAGGGCACGUUCUCCCAGGCGGACGUCCACAGGCAGGUGGCCAUCGUGUUCCGCACGCCGCCGUACCGCGACCCCAACCUCAGCGAGCCCGUCCGCGUCAAGGUGCAACUGCGCCGGCCCUCGGACCGCGAGGUCAGCGAGCCCAUGGACUUCCAGUACCUGCCCGCUGACCGGGACGAAUAUCGGCUGACCGAGAAGCGGAAACGCACUGGCGACAUGUUCCAAAAUCUAAAGCUGGCGUCCGUGCUGUCCACGGUGUCGAUUCCGCCACCGGAUCGACGACACAUCAGCCCUGUCCGGAGGACGGUCCCGGCCAAACCUCCUUCAAUGAUGGCGCCGACCUUUCCCCCCGUCGCGAGCGGAGCCAAAUCGCAACCAUCCUUCACGUACUUGCAGCACAGCCAGAUGUUCUUGGACCAGAACAAAGUGGAAGCCUCGCCUUCCCCCGCCUCCUCGUCCUCCAUUUCGGCGGGCGCCACGAACCAGACGUGGAAGAUCAUGGAGACCUUAAACCUGGGCCCGCAGCCCAAAGUCGCCCAGGGUUCGAGUUUCGCCGUGAACCAGGCGCCCGUUUCCAGGCAGGACUACUCCACUCUCAAACUGUCAGACCUUCAGGAAUUCUUUCCCGACAUCUCCUCGGUCAUCACCCAGGAGCCGUCGGCCCCGCAAGGGGGUGCGGCCCCUUCGCAGUCCGCCGGCUUCUUCCCCAUGCUGGACCCUCAGUUCCCCGCGAACGCCGCUCCGGCCGAGGACGACAUCCCGCAGUUCCCCAGCUUUCCCGAGGCCCAGGCGCCGGGAACCCUGGACAGCCUCGACAUGGACGACUUUGUGGACCUCCUGAACCCUCCGCACGAGAGCGUCAACGGCCAGCGAGCCGGCCCCUCCUCCGUCCCGUCGGCCGCGGCCCAUCGCGACGCUCCGCCGCAGAACACUUCGGACCCGACCGGCGUGCCGGGGGGGACCUGGAUGAAUUACCCCAACAGCAUCGUCAACCUGCUUCAGAACGAGAGCAUGAUGGACGUCUUGACCGGCAACAACAACCAGCAGCGGCCUGCCGUGCUGGACGAGUUUGACGAGUUGAUAUCCGUGGAUGAGGAUCACCUCAUUUCCAUUUUUAACAGCGGAAGCCAAGCCGGUUUUGUUUCGGGACACCCGACCUAAAACUCAUUUGAAGAGGCCCGUUCACAUCACGCCGCUUGUUUCGGGCCCUUUUGGAAAACCGUUUCAGCAUGUAUUCCAGAUCCUCCACAUCCGCCUUAAGCCGCAUGAAACGGUGUGCUCGUUGUCCUCAAGAGUUACACGGUUUAAGGUACUGCUAGAAUGAGUUGAGUUGGGUUCAUUUUAAGGACAGAGAGCGUACUAAUAUAUGGACCGAAUGGUGGAUUUGAAAUGAAUGCUGAAACGGCUUCCCUGAGGGCAGACACGAAGGGACCAAAUGUAGCUCACGAGGACACCGGCAGUAAAUGUCCAGCGUUUUUUUUUUUUUUUUUUUUUUUUAA